AUGCAGAGCCGGAUCAAGGUAUGGUACAAGUCGGUGGGCGUGCAGCGCGUCGCGCACGCCGCGCGCUGGGCCGUCACGCUCGACGGCCGUGCGCUGCAGACGCCCGCAAAGUCUCCGCUCGAGCUGCCGACCGAGGCGAUGGCGUGGGCGGUGGCGAUGGAGUGGCAGGCGCAGGGCAAGUUCCUCCAGCCGUACACGAUGCCGCUGAUGAAGCUCGCCACGACGUCCAUCGACCAGGUGCCAUCGAUCCGGCCACAGAUGGCGUCGUCGAUGCUGCGGACGAUGCAUACAGACGUCGUGGCGCUCCGGGCGGACGCGGAGGACGAGCCCGAGCUUGCGGCCAAGGAGGCGGCGGCGUACGACCCGCUGAUAUCCUGGCUCGCGGAUGCCGAGGGCGUCCAGCUGAACGCCACCUCGAGCCUCGUCCCGCCCGCUGCCGCUGCGGCUGCCGCGCGGGUCCUCGGCGCGGCCGACGAUUGGACGCUGGCGGCGCUCGAUUCGGUGACUGGGUCGUGCAAGUCGUUUGUCCUGGCCCUCGCGCUCUAUCGCCGGCGGCUGAGCGCGCGCGAGGUGUGCGUCGCUGCGCGUGUCGCCGAGCAGUACCAGACCGACCUCUGGGGCGAAGUCGAGGCGGGACACGAUCUCGACCGCGCAGAUUUGCAGGUGCGCGUGUCUGCGGCCUCGGCCUUUCUGCGCAUGCUGCCCGAGGAGGGCGUCGCCGCGCCGAUCGUCGACGAGCGCCCGCGCGGAGAGAGGGACAUGGGCAGUUGGACAGCCUUCUACUACACUGAGGAGCAACAGAGACGCCUCGGCGUUGACGAGCGUGGACGGCCGCUGCUGCUGUUACCUCCGGUCCACACGGGUACUCCCGUGCUAGGACAAGGAGGCCCCACGGUACUCUGCGUACACGGCGUCUCCACACUAGCCGAGUCACACAUGUGGCGUGAUUGGGAUCAAAGCGCUGAUUGAGAGUCAUGAAUGAAUGUAAGGUA